UAACCUCAACUAUUUGACAGAUUGUCAAAUAUGUCAGUAGUAUCUGAUAGUAAAUAACAUUCAAUUGUUAAAUUAGACAUGGUUAUCUACGGGGUGUAUAUUGUCUCAAAAUCAGGUGGUCUGAUUUUCAAUCACGACCAUAACGUUCCAAAAAUAGAAACGGAGAAGACGUUUUCCUAUCCUUUGGACAUUAAACUUGCGAAUGAAAACAAGAAAAUAAUAGUAGAAUUUGGUCAAAGGGAUGGAAUCAAUGUUGGUCACAUACUGUACGCAAUUAAUGGAAUACCUGUAACAGGUGGACAACUGGAUGAUGGUAGAGAUGCAAUGCAAGUGUUGGAAAAUAAAGAAAACUAUCCGAUAAGUUUGCGAUUUGGAAGGCCUAAAAUGACUACAAACGAAAAGAUUUUCUUAGCUAGCAUGUUCUACCCAUUGUUCGCAAUUGCUAGUCAACUGAGUCCUGAGCCGAAAUGCUCGGGCAUAGAAGUACUCGAAGCUGACACAUUCAAGUUGCACUGCUUUCAAACUGUAACAGGUGUUAAGAUGAUGGUGGUGGCUGAGAGGAUGCAGGCAGGAAUGGAUAUAUUGUUGAAGAGAAUAUACGAAUUGUACGCUGAUUUUGCUUUAAAGAACCCAUUUUAUUCAUUGGAAAUGCCAAUUCGAUGCGAGCUAUUUGAUACAAAUUUAAAACUAGUUUUAGAACAAAUUGAAAAAUCUGGUAUUACCAAUAUAUAAGUCACCAUAAUUAAACAUGUAUGUAUUCCAAAACAAACAAAAAAAUAUUUAUAUAUUAUUAAUCAAUAUGUUCCAUCUAGAGAGUAUUCAAAACCAUUUAUAUAUAAUAUAUUUGCAUUAUAUAAAAAAUAUAUAUGUUUAAAAAAAUCACAUUUGUAUAAUAUAGGUAUAUAUAUACAGCUGCCGUAAAAACAUCAAUAAAAAAUAAAUAAAUUAUAGGUACCUUAAGUCACUGCAUUAGACUGCACUAAAAUUUAAAUUAAAUUAAUCAUAACAGAGACAUAACUUAUUUUGUUAUUUCUGUGAACAUAAAUGUA